AUGGUGGCACUAUCCUUCAGAGCUGGAAGUGGGAAGGGGCAGGGUAGAGAGAGAGAGGGGAAGGCGUACGCGGUCUGGGUGGCAUCCGCGUUGUUAGCUUCGGCGCUCGCGCUGCAACUCUCUUCAGGGAGGACAGGGUUAAAAGCCGAGGCUGACUUUGCCUCCUGGAAAGCUUUGAGUUGCAGCCGCGCCUCCCAAGCAUUCUUUAAACCAGAAAUAUGGGGUGGGGGUGGGGGUGGGGGCCGCGGCGCCUACAUUAGCCGGGCCGGAUUGGGUCGAGGAGGCAGUAAGGUCGGAGCAGCCUCCGCACCCACGCCAGGCCGGCGCAGCCCUCGGAGCGAGCCCCGCGGCCGCCCCCGCGCACCCCGUGCGGCGCCCCACGCCGGGCUCCGCGCGGUCGGCGCACAGGCGUCUGAGUUGCGCGCACCCGCCUGGCUCUCCGGCUGCCCCCCGGGGUCCUCUGUGUCCGAGGAGCCCCGGCGCUGCUGGGCAGCUUUCCGCCGCCCUCCCGGCUCCCCCGCCUUCUUUCGGGACUCGUGGGCUCUGCCGAGGCAGAGAGGGGGGAGGCAGAGGAGAAGAGGAGGCGGGUGCCGCGGCGGCCGGAGCCGAGAGAAAGUGGCAUGCUCGAGCCCUGGAGGCGGAGGUGUUGGAGGACGGGGGAAGACGAUGCCGCGGCUCCGUAGGGGAGGAAGGCGAGAGCGAGCGAGGCGAGCGAGGCGAGCGGGGCGCCCGGGCGCCGGCCCGCUGCGGGGAGGCGUGCGCCGCUCUGAGGCUCCGGCCUCCGCAUCCCGGCGCCCCGACGCUGCGGGCGACAGGGCCGGGCUCCGGCAGCCGCCUCCGUCGCCGCCGCCACCACCCGGAGGAAAGAGCAAAAGUUUGGAUCUGGGGGAGGACGCGACGCUGAGCGGGAUUACUACCAGGGCUGGAAGGAGACCUCCAGAACCUUCGCAGGACAUUCUUUAGGCAACGACAGUUCAAUAACAAGAAAGAAUCACAUGAUUGCAUCAUGUUCUUCAAAAUGAAAUCUAUUGAAGGUUGAACAGUAUAAACAACAAGGAACAUAAUCAGUCAGAAUGACCCAGGGGAAAUGGCCCAAUGAAAUUAAACGAAGGAAAUUUUAUACUGUGAGGAAAAAAUCAAUGGAUUGUAACAGAACCUGGUAAGAAGAGACAAAGCUCUUGAGUCCCAGAGACCCAGAGGUGAUUGAGAAGCUGUGUGAAUUGGAACCUGGGCUUCUUGUUUCUGCUUU